ACCAUGCCAAAGGCAACGAAAGAUUUGGCUUGAGAAGAGGGCGUACUCCUCAUCAAUCCCAAAAUCAUCAGCUUUCUACAGCACCACCCCACGUGUCUCCCCCACGAAAUGGAGACGACGCCGCUGCUAAACGGAGCGCCAUCUUCGGCCACCCCCAGUACUACGUUGACGUUGUUGGAGAACGGAGACUAUACGCCGGUGAAGAGCUUCAAGGAAGUGAAGCUUGUGUUUUGGAUAGAAACGGUGAAGAUGUGGAAGAUUGCAGCUCCCAUUGCUUUCCAAAUAAUUUGUCAAUAUGGAACCAACUCCUUUACUAGUAUAUUCGUCGGCCAUAUCGGCAAUAUUGAACUCUCCGCCGUCACAAUUUCUCUCACCGUCAUCGGAACUUUCUCUUUCGGCUUCAUGCUUGGCAUGGGGAGUGCACUUGAGACACUUUGCGGCCAAGCUUUCGGUGCCGGGCAAAUACACUUGCUUGGCGUUUAUAUGCAAAGGUCCUGGAUCAUCUUGUUGGCUUCCUGUUUCAUUAUCUUACCGAUUUACUUAUUCGCCACACCAAUCCUUAAAAUUCUAGGCCAAGAAGAAAAGAUCGCUGAGUUAGCUGGUGAGUUCACCAUACUAACAAUCCCACAGCUGUUUUCGCUGGCCAUUAACUGCGCAACAGGCAAGUUUCUUCAAGCUCAAAGCAAGGUGAACGUGCUGGCUUGGAUUGGAUUUGUGGCUUUGCUUCUCCACAUUGGGAUCCUAUGGCUGUUCAUUGAUGUGUUCGGGUGGGGUACAACCGGUGCGGCAAUAGCAUUUGACAUCACCAACUGGGAGAUCACUUUAGCUCAAGUGGCUUAUGCUAUAUUUUGGUGCGACGAGGUGUGGACUGGAUUUUCAUGGCUGGCGUUCAAGGACAUAUGGGCCUUCGUUAAACUCUCCAUUGCCUCCGCUGUAAUGCUUUGCCUUGAAGUCUGGUACAUGAUGAGCAUGAUUCUUCUCGUCGGUCACCUUGAUAAUGCAGUCAUUGCAGUGGGAUCCCUUUCUAUUUGCAUGAACUUGAACGGGUGGGAAGCUAUGUUGUUCAUUGGAAUAAACGCUGCUAUGAGCGUUCGUGUUUCCAAUGAGCUAGGAUGGGGACAUCCAAGAGCAGCCAAAUACUCGGUGUAUGUUACAGUGGUGCAGUCUCUGUUCAUCGGUCUUUUAUGCAUGGUUCUUCUUGUGAUAACCAGGGACGACUUUACUGUCAUUUUUACUAGCAGCAAGCAAAUGCAACGAGCUGUUUCUCAUCUAGCAUACCUUCUUGGUAUCACCAUGGUUCUUAACAGUGUUCAGCCUGUCAUAUCAGGUGUUGCUGUUGGCGGUGGAUGGCAGUCAUUGGUUGCUUAUAUUAAUUUAGGUUGCUAUUAUGCUUUUGGUCUUCCCCUCGGUUACCUACUUGGUUAUAUUGCCGACUUUGGAGUGAUGGGACUUUGGGGAGGUAUGAUAGCUGGAACUGCUUUGCAAACCCUACUGCUUUUGAUUGUUCUUUGGAAAACAAAUUGGAACAAGGAGGUAGAACAAACAUCGGAACGUAUGAAGAAAUGGGGCGGCCAAGAUAUCAGGACAAAUAGUAGAGUUUAG